UUGAUAACAAGGGAAUGUUAUGAUAUACAUAUAUACAUAUUAUGAUAUACGUGAGCAGACACUGAAGUUGGUGAGCAUGCGAAGUUGUUUUUUUUAGUCUGAAAUAUCUCUCGAAACACUGUUGAUAUGAGUACAUUGCAGGCGGGAGCUUAGCUGCUGCGCUUUGAGCCGCCGCUUCCAGAUACUUUUAAUGGCACCUAACAUCCCAGAGUUCUCCGCGCUUCAGAAUGCGCCCCCGGGUGAGGCAGCGUUCAAAUGCGCAGGCGCAGAUGCCGCAGUGCGGCCUGAGAAUCGCGCAUGCGCUCAGUGGACAAAAGGCUCUGGAAAAUCGGCGGCAGAGCCACGCAACUUCUGUCUGCCUGGCUGUCCUUUCUUCGGCAGUUUGAACGGGUCACGACUGCGCAAGCAUGUGACGGUCGGCCUCUGAGAACAGCGGGAGAGUUCAAAAAGUGAGCAGAUUAACGGAGCGGGCGACGGAGUAGUGGGAGGCUUUGGCUCGAGAGCAGAGGCUGAGGACGAGCUUGCUCCCAGUCAGGUUAGAGACGACAAAGAAUUUGUAUCCGGGAAUCUCAAACAAAAGCUCACUCAGUCAACCCACAGACACUCCAGUGAGUUCACUGUGCGGAGAGAUCUUUCACCUGCUCUGUGAGCGGGACCAGAUUCAUUCACUCACCUGACCCACAGUGAGCUUACACUAGGAAGAAGCUCUGCGUGUGGGAGGGCUCUGUUCAGUCAUCCAGCCUGAAGAUACCGAGAGGUUCACCUGUUCUAACUUUGGGAAGCAAUUCAUUCUGUCAUCCAAACUGAAGAUCUGUCAGAAAAUUCACACGGGUGAGAGGCCAUUCACCAGUUCUGUGUCUGGGAAGGGAUUCACUCACUCAGCCCACAUACAGUGCACACUGGGUAGAUGGCGUUCGCCUGCUCAGACUGUGGGAAGGGAUUCACUCAGUCACCUUCCCUAUUGAAACACCAGCAAGUUCACGCUGGAGAGAAACCAUUUGCUUGUUCAGACUGUGGGAAGCGAUUCACUCGGUCAUUUCAGCUGAAGCUCCACCAGUCCGUUCACACUGGGGAGAGGCCUUUCACCUGCUCAGACUGUGGGAAGGGAUUCACUCGGUCAUCUUCCCUAUUGCAACACCAGCAAGUUCACACUGGGGACAGGCUGUACUCCUGCUCAGACUGUGGGAAGGGAUUCACUCAGUCAUCUUCCCUACUGAACCACCAGUUAGUUCACACUGGAGAGAAACCAUUCGCCUGUUCAGACUGUGGGAAGCGAUUCACUCGGUCAUUUCAGCUGAAGCUCCACCAGUCCGUUCACACAGGAGUGAGGCCUUUCACCUGCUCUGAAUGUGGGAAGGGAUUCACUCGGCCAAAUUCCCUAUUGAAACACCAGCAAGUUCACACUGGGGACAGGCUGUACACCUGCUCAGACUGUGGGAAGGGAUUCACUCAGUCAUCUUCCCUACUGGAACACCAGCGAGUUCACGCUGGAGAGAAACCAUUCGCCUGUUCAGACUGUGGGAAAAGAUUCACUCGGUCAUUUCAGCUGAAGCUCCACCAGUCCGUUCACACAGGAGUGAGGCAGUUCAUCUGCUCUGAAUGUGGGAAGGGAUUCACUCGGCCAUCCUACCUACAUUUACACCAGCGAGUUCACACUGGGGAGAAGCCGUUCACCUGCUCAGACUGUGGGAAGGGAUUCACUCGGUCAUCUUCCCUACUGGAACACCAGCGAGUUCACACUGGGGAGAGGCCGUUCACCUGCUCAGACUGUGGGAAGGGAUUCACUCGGUCAUCUUCCCUACUGGAACACCAGCGAGUUCACACUGGGGAGAGGCCGUUCACAUGCUCCGACUGUGGGAAGGGAUUCACUCGGUCAUCUUCCCUACUGGAACACCAGCGAGUUCACACUGGGGAAAGGCUGUUCACCUGCUCCGACUGUGGGAAGGGAUACACACAGUUAAGCCAUCUACAGAGACACUGGUUAGUUCACACGGGGGAGAGGCCAUUCAUCUGCUCAGACUGUGGGAAGGGAUUUCAUUACUCAGCUGAUCUGAGGAUUCACCAGCGAGUUCACACUGGGGUGCGACCAUUCAUCUGCUCUGAAUGUGGGAAAGGAUUCACUACCUUAUCCAGCCGACAAAGACACCAGUCAGUUCACACUGGGGAGCGACCGUUCAUCUGCUCUGAAUGUGGGAAGAGGUUCCCUUACUCAACUCUACUGAAGCAACACCAACGAGUUCACUCAGGGGAGAAACCGUUCACCUGCUCUGAAUGUGGGAAAAAAUUUCGUUACUCAGCUUAUCUGAGGAAUCACCAGCGAGUUCAUACUGGGGUGCGACCGUUCAUCUGCUCUGAAUGUGGGAAAGGAUUCACUACCUUAUCCAGCCGACAAAGACACCAGUCAGUUCACACUGGGGAGCGACCGUUCAUCUGCUCUGAAUGUGGGAAGGGAUUCAGUCAGUCGUCCAACCUUGUGACGCACUACCGAGUUCACACUGGGAAAAAUAUGAAAUAGUUGCCUGCUGGAUAUUUAACCAUGACGGUUGCUGAAUCCAGUGGCAAGUUGAAAAGUGACUUGAUGUUGAACUCGGCAAUUAUUGCUGCUGGUUAUCACACCCAGUUCUGCAGCUCAAUCACUGGGCACUGCAGGAGUUUCUUUUGCUGAUGUUCAACUUUAAUGCAUCUGGAGUUUAUUAUUCUGGAUCUGUGACAAAUAAAUCAGUUCUAUUUUAAACUA